AUGACAAGCGCAACGAUCACCGCGAUAAAUGCCGUAGCAGCAACAUUAGCAAUACGCCAGCCUAGAAGCAACGGAUCCACCGUCUCUGCCGGGCACUCCGUCGACACUGAGAGGCAGCUGCCAUCCGCAAGACAUGCAGAGCUGCACUCCUGUGGCAGUUGUUCUGGUGAUAUUGGCGCUGACGUGUUGGGGUCAUUGGUGGGGAUACCUGGGAAGAAGCAAGGCCUUCGCACGUCGACGGGGUGGGUGCAGAAGACGCCGCCGCUAUCGACGCAGUCAGCACAAGUAGUCUCCUGCAGGAAGCAGUCGGGAAAGCUCGCGCAGGCGCCGCUGCAGAUGCAGUUGCUCGCCGGUUGGCAUGUCAUGUCGAUGGGACACCACCGCGACGCCACAUCAACCGUACACUGCGUACAUGACGACACGGCUGCGUUUCCUUCCCCUGCGCUUACCAGUGGCAAGCAACAUAAUCCUAAUAGCAGCAGCAGCAGCAUCGGCGGGAGGGGCAGUCGCAUCCCUAUCCUUCUCUUCCACAUUGUGGAGUUAACCACCUGA